UGUCAUCUUCUCCAACUCUUUCCUCAAGAGAGUAAGAAAUGGUCGUUCCAAUAGUUCUUCUCAAGCUUGCAAACUGGCUCCUGUACAGGCUCUUGGCAAACUCGUGUUUCAGAGCUGCUAGGAAGAUCAGAAAUUAUGGUUUCUUCUUCAGAAACCCAUCGUUUAGAUCAUCACAGCAGCCUACUUCUAUAUUCCCCAGUGUUACUAAGUGUUCUCUAGAGUGCAGGGAUUCUCAGACUUUGGUCUGUGAUAUUCAUGGUAGCUUGUUAAGGACUGAAUCCUUCUUUCCUUAUUUCAUGUUGGUUGCCUUUGAAGGUGGUAGCAUUUUUAGAGCCUUGUUAUUGCUUCUAUUAUGUCCUCUUCUGUGGGUCUUGGACUAUGAGUUCAAGCUAAGGGUGAUGGUGUUCGUCACCUUCUGCGGGCUCAGGGUUAAGGACAUGGAGAGUGUGGGAAGGGCCGUUCUGCCCAAGUUUUUCCUUGAGAAUCUCAACCUUCAGGCCUAUAACGUUUUGGCUUCAGCAGGGAGGAGAGUUGUUUUUACUAGUGUUCCGAGAGUCAUGGUUGAAUGGUUUCUCAAGGAUUACUUGAGGGUCGGUGAUGUUUUGGGCACUGAAUUGCACAGCGUGGGUGUCUACUUCACUGGUCUUCUUUCUGAGUCUGGGUUGCUCGUGAAGCACAGGGCCCUCAAGGAGUUCUUUGGAGACAACAGUCCUGAUAUUGGCCUCGGAGGUUCAAGCCUUCAUGACCAUCUCUUCAUCUCCCUCUGCAAGGAAGCUUAUGUGGUGAACAAGGAUGAACAAAAGUCCACUACAAGUUCAGUGAUGCCAAGAGAGAAAUACCCCAAACCUCUAGUAUUUCAUGAUGGGAGAUUGGCUUUCUUGCCCACUCCAUUUGCAACUCUUACUAUGUUCUUGUGGCUUCCCCUAGGAAUAAGCCUAGCCAUCUUUAGACUGUUUGUGGGGAUCUUCCUGCCUUACAAGAUGUCCCUUUUAUUAGGUGGUGGAAGUGGUGUGAACAUAAGGGUCAAAGGGUCGGACCCCUCAAGAUCAGGUAGGAGAGGGGGGGUUCUCUACGUUUGCACCCACAGGACCCUCUUAGACCCAGUUUUUCUGAGCACAGCACUAGAGAAACGUCUCACUGCAGUUACAUACAGCUUAAGCAGGAUGUCUGAGGUCAUAGCCCCAAUAAGAACAGUGAGGCUUACAAGAGAUAGACAACAGGAUGGAGGGACUAUGCAAAAGCUGUUGAGUGAAGGUGAUCUGGUGGUGUGCCCUGAAGGAACCACAUGCAGAGAGCCAUAUUUACUGAGGUUCAGCUCUCUGUUUGCAGAGUUGGCAGAUGAUAUUGUUCCUGUGGCAAUGAAUACACAUGUAAGCAUGUUUUAUGGAACCACUGCAAGUGGGCUCAAGUGCCUGGAUCCCAUCUUCUUUCUGAUGAACCCAAGUCCCAGUUACCAUGUUCAGUUUCUUGCGAAGGUCCCCAGACACCUAACAUGCGCCGGGGGGAAAUCCAGCCAUGAAGUAGCCAACCACAUUCAGAAACAAUUGGCAGAUGCUUUGGGGUUUGAGUGCACAGCACUUACAAGGAGAGACAAGUAUUUGAUGCUAGCGGGCAAUGAAGGGGUUGUGCAUGACAAGAGAAAGAAGCUCUGAUGAAGAACGGCUGCGUCAUUGCAUCAUUAAAGGAAACAUAAAUAUAUAUAAAAAAAUAGAACCAAUCCUAUUUUAAAUUUUAUUACUAGCUACAUGAAUAUUUUUAAC